AUGUCAACCCGCUCAGUCGAACCCUUGGUGCCUCCUUUGCGAUUCAGCGCUCUCCAGCCACAUCUUUACAGAGGCUCAUACCCAAGACAGAUCAAUUAUCGCUUUCUCAAACGACUAAGGCUAAAAUACAUUGUGUCUUUGACUCCUGAACCAAUUACUCCAGAGACUGAUGGGGCAUUGUAUGAGUUUGCUAAGCAGAACAAUAUCCAGUUGGUUCAUAUUGAAUGUGGGAAAGAAGGUGGUAAACGUAAGAAACGUGGUGUUCCAAUAGGUUACUCAGCUGUUGUGAAGGCCCUGGAAUUGAUGAUUAACGUUGAUUAUUCACCUUUAUACGUUCACUGUUUGAAUGGGGGGCAAGUGUCUUCAUUAACUAUUGCAUGUUUAAGAAAGUUGUCGUUUUGGUCUUCGGUUUCCAUUUUCAAUGAAUUUUUAGUUUACACAAACUCGAUAAAUUUGCAUGAUAGAGCAUUUAUUGAAAAUUUCAUAGCAGAAAUUAAUGUUCCAAAGAAUAAAGUACAAUGGAUAUGGACUGGGCUAUCAAAAGAUAUCAUUGGGAGUCAUCCUACACUGAAAUUCAUUAAUACAAAUGAUAGAAAGUAUUCAAAUGUUGAUCUAUGAAAAUAAGAUUGAAGCUGCUAAUUCUGCAUUUCCACCAGUUUGUUGCAAUGCUCUUAUAACUUCCUGUCUGGAGAAUCCCAAUCCUAUAAGGUUAUUUACAGUUUCUUCAUCAACAUUAGCUUGUGGUGCUUGAGCUCUUGGAGCAGUGGAUGAUUGACUUCUAGAAGCUGCAGCAUUGGCAGCAGCAGUAGCAGCUGGUGGUUUAGCUGUUUCAGCAUUGGAAGAUGGUAAUGGACCACCACCUAAUUGUUGACCAAUUGAAGCUGAUGGAUUGAAAAUUCCCUGUGGUAUAUCAGCUUCACUCAAGAAUGGAGUUUCAGUGUCUGCUAUAACUAGAACGUUUCUUUUCAAAUCAAUGUUUGCUUGAUGUCUUUUCAACAC